AAGCUCUUGUGCUUCGCGUUAGAUUCGCUUUCGAAUGCUGCUUCCUCCAGUCCAUCCUUCGCACCUACAAUCUUUUGUCCUCCUUUAUAAGCUCUCCCCCUGAACAAUUUCCUUUCGACACGCAUAAAAAGUUGCCCUGCUUUCUUCACUUUGCCUGAAAAAGGUUGCCGACCGAAGUCAGUCAAAGCUCGGAUUUUUCAGCAGUUGCGUGAAGAAGAAGAGGCAAUUGCCAAAAAAACUGAUGUUUGCCAAAGAUGGAGGGUUUAGCUGAGAAGGAGAGGCAUGGACGGUUGUUCGUCCAUGCGGUUUCAAGUUCGUUGAUUUAGGAAAAAAACAGAGGAAGCAAUGGAAAAGGAAGCAGAAAACGGAGAGAAGAGGAACCAGGUGUUGGGCAGGUACGAGAUGGGGCGAAUCCUUGGGAGAGGCACCUUCGCGAAGGUCUACCACGGCCGAGACCUCCGCAACGGCGAGAGCGUCGCCAUCAAGGUCAUCCAUAAGGACCAAAUCCGCCGUCAAGCCGGGAUGAUGGAACAUAUCAAGCGGGAGAUAUCGGUGAUGCGCCUCGUCCGCCACCCCAAUGUUGUGGAGCUCCGAGAGGUAAUGGCAACCAGGUCUCGUAUCUUCUUUGUCAUGGAGUACGUGCGCGGCGGCGAGCUCUUCGCGCGCGUCCUCCGCGGGCCGCUCCCGGAGAACAUGGCCCGCCGCUGCUUCCGACAGCUCAUAUGCGCCGUCGAGUUCUGCCACAGCCUCGGCGUCUCCCACCGCGACCUCAAGCCGGAGAACCUCCUCCUCGAUAACAAUGGCGACCUCAAGGUCGCAGACUUCGGUCUCUCCGCACUCCCCGAACAGCGCCGCCACGACGGGCUUCUCCACACGCAGUGCGGCACCCCAAUGUACGUGGCUCCGGAGGUUCUCCGCAGCCAUGGGUACGAAGGCUCCAAGGCCGACGUCUGGUCCUGCGGCGUCAUCCUCUAUGUCCUCCUAGCCAGUUUCUUUCCCUUCCAAGAGGAGAAUUUGAUGCGGAUGUACUGCAAAGUGCUAAAGGCCGACUACCAAAUCCCGCAGUGGUUCUCCGGCGACGCACGCCGCCUCAUCUCCCUCCUCCUCGUCGCCAAUCCAGAGAAGCGCAUCUCCAUCCCGGCCAUCAAAAGCCAUCCUUGGUUCAAAAAGGAAGCCUUCCCUCAAGAACCUCGCAUCCCUCCUCCACCUACACCGGUAGAGGAAGAUGAGCUAAAGCCCGGAUCUCCGAAGUUCUACAACGCGUUCAAGCUCAUAUCCACCUUUUCCUCGGGCUUCAACCUGUCAAGCUUGUUCGAAAACCGGCGGCCGGCAGGGACGAUGUUCACAUCACGCUCGCCGACAGAUGCCAUCGUGGAGCGGCUGGACAGAGCAGGGCAGGAGCUAGGGUUCAACGUGUUCAUGGUGAAGCCGUACAAGGUUAAGAUGGAGAAGAAGAGCGGCAAUGAAUGGAUGGGGCAACUGGAACUGGUAGUCACGGCGGAGGUCUUCGAGGCGGCGGACGGGAUGGCGGUGGUAGAGUUCUCCAAGGAUUCAGGCCAAGCCUCUGAAUUCGCCAAAUUUUGCGAGGAGAAGAUCCGCAUGCGGCUGAAGGACAUCGUGUGGGCGUGGCAGGGCGCCGCCGGCACCGAUGAUGGCGAAGAAUAACAGAAUCCUCACACUUUGUUGUAUAUUCUUCUAAUCCUCUGUUUCCUUCUUUUUCAUGUGUAUUAUUCUACUUAUUGUAGCUAAGAUUAAACUUUUAUUAAA